UGGCCUUGACCUCAAAGUCGGUUUCCCUCUGCGCUGCUGCUCUCAGCAACCUCUCGUGUCUCUCUCCGUCCACCCUGUUACUACUAGCUGUUACUUACCACACUCCCCCAAACUUAACUUCCCUCACCACUCUUCAUCCACACACACACACUAACUACUACCACCCCUCUCAACCCUCCACACAUACACAAACCCCCCCAUCUUCCUCUUCAUCUUUCCUUGCAAUUCUCAUCCUCAGCCAGUUUUUCAUCUGCUUGCACCUCUUGGUCUCCUAAAUCAAGCUCCGUCUCUCUUCGUCCCGUGCUUUUUCCCUUCCGAUUCU